AUGGCGGCGAAGGACACUCAAAAAUUGAGCUUCAUCGAAAAUUUCGCCCUCAGUGGCGUUGCUGCUGUUGUUUCCAAAACAGCAGCUGCACCUAUUGAACGUGUAAAAUUACUCGUGCAAAAUCAAGGUGAAAUGAUCAAACAAGGUGUACUUGCAAAACCAUACAAAGGUGUAAUUGAUUGUACGAUACAUACAUUCAAAAGUGAAGGCCUCUUUCCAUUUUGGCGGGGUAACUUGGCUAAUUGUAUUCGUUAUUUUCCAACUCAGGCUUUGAACUUUGCCUUCAAAGAUAAAAUCAAAUUAAUGUUUAAGCAAAAUAAGAACGAUCCAUACAUGAUCAAUUUCGGUAAAAAUGUAGCGAGUGGUGGUGUAGCUGGUGCCAUGUCAUUAUGUUUUGUCUAUUCACUUGAUUAUGCCCGUACGCGUUUAGCCAAUGAUCUUAAGAGUAUAAAGAAAGGUGGUGGUGAACGUAAAUACAACGGUCUCGUUGAUGUUUAUAAGAAAACAUUGGCCACCGAUGGCAUUGCCGGUCUUUAUCGUGGUUUCGUAAUAUCAUGUGUUGGUAUUGUUAUCUACCGUGGCUGUUAUUUUGGUUUCUAUGAUACAUUAAAACCAAUCUUACUUGGUCCUGAUGCCGGUAUCAUGCUUUCAUUUUUACUUGGUUAUGGUGUAACAGUUACAUCAGGUCUUAUUUCAUACCCAGUCGAUACUGUUCGACGACGUAUGAUGAUGACAUCAGGUCAAGCCGUGAAAUAUAAUGGAUCAUUGGAUUGUAUGUUCCAAGUCGUACGAGGGGAAGGUGUCGUCGCUUUAUUCAAAGGAGCUGGUGCCAAUAUUCUUCGUGGUAUUGCUGGUGCUGGUGUCUUAGCUGGUUUCGAUUCACUAGUACAACUCUACGCCGGUGUCAAAGUCGAUACUAGCGGUGGUUAA